AAAGGAGAAUUUUGGUAGAGUUUAAUGAAUUUCAAAGAUAAUCAUAAUUUUAAUGUAUGGAAUGUUAAAGAAGAACAUAUUAAAUUUUAUAUUAAGCAAUUUAAAUCACUUCAGCCAAAUAUAAAAAAAUUGAUAGCAGGAGGAUGUGCUAAAUCGUUUUUUAAGAAAUCAGGAUUAUCAACGGCUGAACUCUCAAAAAUAUGGUCCUUAGCAGACAUAACUAAAGAUUGUGCUUUAUCGAUAAAUGAAUUUAUUAUAGCUAUGCAUUUGAUCAUUAUUUGUAAAAAUGGAAUCAAUUUACCAAAUAAAUUACCCUCAAAUCUUGAACUUGAUUUAAUUUCCUUUAAAACAGCCGAAUUACUCUCUAUCAUCGAUACCGAUCCAAACAAUUCUUAUGAUCAUCCUAAAUCGAAUGUUCUCGCUAAACCUGCUGUCAAUAACUCUUCCGCCGCGGUUAAGAGAAGCCAGACCUUACCUUCCUCCGUACUUCUUGAAAAAUUGUCUCUCAACGCUGGACGCCAGCGCGCACAUAAAAAUACAACGCGCGAUAUAGCCCAUACGACCCUCAAAAAUAAAGCUACUAACGGUACUCGUCAAACUUCUCGCCACGAUUUCGCCCAUCAUAUUAAUAACGGCGCCCCGAUUACGACAGAUAUAAGCCGCGAUGAUACUAAUGUUGCGUAUACCGCGAACGGUAAGCCUACCCAUAAACACCAUUGCAAAAGCAGUUAUUCUGCGCGUCACGGUAGCGCCACUAAUUUUAGUUGUUUCGUUCCCACAACAUUGCCCGCCGAUGACGGGGAGAUUAUUACUCCCAACUACGACCAUCCAGAAUCGCAUUCCCAUACAUUUGACACUCAUAAAAUCGAAGAUAAUGAUAUGAAUGUAUCGUCGGAACAUUUGGACGCCAUAGAGGAACAGGAACCUUUGGUGUCGGGUAUGUCGGAUGAUGACGAUAUCGAAAGUGAUACUGACAUUUCUUUCGACAACCCCAACGUUCAAACUGAGUCGCCAACAAGUAUUGUUGUAACGUCCGAUGACUUGCACAACAAUCAAACUCUAAUCAAUAGUUUGCCUCCUCCUUUUCCUCCACCUAGGACAAAACACGGUAGAAGCGCAUCUCUUGAUCUUAACAAAUUAUUCGCCAAUAUUAAAGAAGAAACUAAAGGCUUUAAUUUGUUCAAGCCACCCGCCAUACCUCCAAGAAUGUCCCCGAAUGCUCAGCUCAAAAAAAAAGUCGAUUUCAAUAUUCAUCCUCCCCUAAUCAAUAAACGUCAGAAUGUUAAACAUAAAAAUAUUAAUGAUGACAAGUCUACUCUUAAUAAUUCUAACGAUGUCGAUCACAACAAUAAUAAUUACGAUACAAUCACCACUACCGGACAGUUAAAAGAUAUUUUUGCUCCGGGUUUACGAGGGAUCUCAAAUAACGUUAAUGCUGAUCGCAAUCAAUGUCAUAACCAAUACCAAAAGAAAAUCAACCAAAAAACAUAUUCGUUGGAUCGAAACUGCCCAAUUAAUCUUGCUAUAUUUGAACACGAGGAAUCUGAGAAAACGAAUGAUUCAUGCCAUAAUCAUCUCCCAUUACAGAAUAACGAUGUUUCUCAAGACCUCAAAUGUUCCGCAGAAACUAUUGAUGCUCUAUUGCAUUACAAGAAACAAAAUGAAAUGCUCAUUCAGCAAAACUCGGGAUUGUACGAAGAAAAUAAAUUAUUGAAGGAAAAGGUCGAACGUCUGAAGAAAGUCAUGAAUACAAUUAAUAUAUUAUAAGUGUAAAAUGGCAUAGAUUAUAUAUAUUUUAAAAUACUUUUGUUAUAUUAUAAUUUCUCUCCUUUUUUAUAUUUUUUUUUUAAAAAAGAGAAUUACAUGGUAUAAUAAUCAACUAACUUAUAAUGUAUGUUAAUUCGUAUAUUGUAGUUGAAAGUAAUUACCAAUAGCCCAAAUAAGCUCAAAAUGUUUAAAGCUAAUUCUUGUAAAAACAUUCGCACAAUUAUAUUUAUAUUUAAUUCCAAAAUAUCUCAGUAUUUUUACAGAUAUUAUUGAUAAACUUCUGCCAACCAAAAUGAUACAUUUUUUUUACAAUAUA